AAAUUCCAAAGCAAGCUCGCAGCAAAGCUUUCUCCCUUAUCUUUUCUCUCCCUCCGCCUCUGUCUAGAACGUCCUAGAUUUGUGGUUCCGAGUUCCGAGCAUCAAAUUAGGGUUUCCUUGGUGGCGUGAAGUGUUUGUUAUCGGUGAAGCGCGUGGUUUUCCGGCGAGGUUUCGGCUGUCCCUUGUUUCCGGUGAGAUUUCGGCGAGAUCUUGGUGAGUACUGUGGUUUAGUUGAAGACAAAAGGAGGGCUUUGCUGCUUUGGUUUUUAAAAAGUAUGCUAGAUUGGAGUUCUGCAUACAUUUUGACUGCUGGUUGAAGGAAUUGAAAGAUGUCAGAUAUAUGUACCUAUGAGCUUGAAGAUAUAGUUUGGCAUGAAUUUUGCCAAAGUGGUGACCAUAUAGUACCAUAUCCUAGUUCUGGAUCAGCAGGUGAACAUCAACUACCAAGUGAUAAUUGUAAGAAACCACGAUACGUUACUGGGCCGAAGGAGCGAGGAUUUUCAGCUCUGAAUAACAGUAGGUUUACAAUGUUGGAAGAAGGAUCGUGGUCUGACACACCAAAUGCAUUUACUACUUCACAUGACAACCACAUAGUCAACAAAGUUUCAAAUUUAUCAUCAUCUGAACAUAACAGGACAUCUAGUCAUUGCUUUAAAAGCAACAACAUGGACUCAAUUGGAAGUGAGUUUUGUACUAAUGAUCCCAUUCUCGAUGACCAGAAUGUUGGAGUAGAUGGAAACUCUUAUAGCUACCCACUUGGUCAGAUUUCUCAGACAGAGAAUGACCUCAGUUUCCUUGAUGAUAAUAAUGAAGAAAAAAAUUCUAAUGAUCUCUUAGAUUAUGGUUGGCCUGAAAUAGGGAACUUUGAGGAUGUUGACAGGAUGUUCAGAAGCUGUGAUUCCACAUUUGGACUUGGGACCAGUAAUACCGAUGAUUUAGGUUGGUUUUCCUCUUCAGAUGUUAUUGAAGGUUCUGAGGAUGCAUCAAGGUCAGAUUUUAAGUUCUCAUGCGCUGCACCCAAUGGACUAGAAAAUAUUUUAGUGAGUGAGGAUGCUGCAGGGCUAAAUGAAGCAAGUGGAUCAAUCAAUAAUUCUGGCAUGAGAAGUCAAUCUGAUGAUAGCUACAGGGGAAAUUUGUGGGACUUAGAAAAAGAUGAAUGUGCCACUCUCAAUCAUUUGUCUUUUGUAGACGGUUCUCGUAGUUCUGAUUACGAAGAUGGAUCAAUGCCUGAAAGGCUGACUAAUACGCAUAAAAAGCAAUUAAAGCACAAGAACCGUUCUGAAGGAAAAAGGAAAGGCAUAUACUUGGAAAAUGGUGCUUCAUUUCCUUUUAAUGGUAACCUGCCUGAGGAUGCAAAACAAUCUACUGGGGCAAACUCUUCUCAAUCAACUUUCACGUCCAUGGACAUUCAACAGCAUAACCACUGUGGAUCUGAUUCUUUUGCCUACUUGCAAAGCAACUUCCCUUACAUGCACACAGAGUACAAUCAUCCUUCUGAUCAGCGUUCAGUACGUGCAACCGUACCUUCUGUCAAGUCCGAAAAUAAUGCUUUGAAGUCUCUUUCCCCCAAGGGUUCUUAUGUGCCAAAUCAGCUACCAUCCAUCCAGAGCUCUCUUGAUAUUUCUUUUCAGGUGGGCACCACUAUGCCAAAUGAAAAAAAGUUAGAGAAGCAGCUCUCUUCAGGGUUCAAAUCUGAAAAUCACAGUGAUAUGAAUGGAAUCAACAUGAAAGCUCCUAUGCAAUUAGAUUCUUCAAUACUAUUGGAAAGCUCUUCCAUCAGUUCAGGAAUGGAUGAAGUUUCAGAAGAAGCUGUUUGUUUUAACCAGCUUCAACAUGUCAUGGAACAGCUUGAUCUGAAGACAAAGCUAUGCAUAAGGGACAGUCUGUACCGGUUGGCUCGAAGUGCUGAACAUAGGCAUAGAAAUGCUAACUUUAAUGGUGGCACUGGAGAUAACAGAGAUGCAAGUGGGGCAUUGGUAGCUCAUGGAGCAGACAGGUGUAGUGGAUAUAUGGACAUCGAAACGGACACGAACCCGAUAGAUCGAUCCAUAGCGCACUUACUAUUUCAUCAGCCCUCAGACUCACCUGUGAUUCAGGGGUCAAUCACAAGCACGCCUGUGAUUGCUACUGAGAAGGUUGGUCAUGGAGAUGCUGCGAUUGAAGAAGAUACGAAGGCUGGCUAUGAGUGACGACAGGUACAUAGUUGUUAAGAAAGCUCAACCGAAGACAACAAUGCCUACAUUUUACUACUUUAAAUGGCGACAGAUACAUAUUUAAAGAAUGCUUAAAUGCAGGAAACGUAACGAUGUCUGUAUUUGACUACUUUGGUUGGUCAUGAAUAGAAUUACUGCUGGGGAAUCGGGCCUUGAGCUCCUGUAAAAACCCUCAGUGACUAGGCUUUAUUCUUGGAUGUGUUUCUCACCUUGGCUUUUUAAGUAUCACAAUCUUGUUUAUCUGUUUAUGUUCUAGCCCCAGAGUUUUAUUGACAACUGACUAUACAUCAUAUCAAUGCGAGUUCCAGGGAAGGCAUUGUUCAUAUUGUUUUGUGGACAGAAAAAUUGUACAUUUUCAUUUUGAUGAAAAUAAAUGUGCAAAACACCAACUAAUAAAAUCAUUAGUUUUUGUCUUUA